AUGGGUUCUUCUCAAAAACGAUUUUGUGUAUUUCUUCUUCUCUUCAGCGUUGUUUUUGACUUAAGUAUAACUGCUCUAGGGGAUGGCAAGCUUGAGAAAGAGAGGUGGGGUGAUGAUGAUUGUGGAUUUGGUAGGAGGGGCUGCUUUGGUAGGCGUGAUAGAUGGGGAAGAAGAUGGGGUGGUGGAGGGUUUGGUGGAGGUGCAGGUGCUGGAGGAGGUAUUGGAGGAGGACCUGGAGGUGGAGUAGGUGGAGGAGGAGGUUUUGGAGGGGGUGGAGGUGGAGGUCUAGGUGGUGGUGCUGGGCAAGGCGGAGGGAUUGGAGCAGGGGGUGGCGUUGGUGGGGGUGCUGGUGGCGGUGUUGGUGGAGGCGGAGGAUUUGGUGGUGGCGGAGGUGGUGGUGUUGGAGGUGGGUUGGGCCAUGGUGGAGGUUUUGGAGCUGGGGUAGGUGCAGGAGGAGGACUUGGUGGUGGUGGUGGUGGAGGAGCAGGAGAAGGUGGAGGUGGUGGCAUUGGAGGUGGCCUUGGUGGCGGAUCAGGUCAUGGAGGCGGUUUUGGAGCUGGUGGAGGAAUAGGCGGGGGUGCGGGGGGUAUUGGAGCAGGAGGAGGGGGUGGAGGUGGUGGUGGUGGUGGAGGCGGAGGAGGCAUUGGCGGCGGUUCAGGUCAUGGUGGAGGAUUCGGAGCUGGAGGUGGCGUAGGUGGCGGACUUGGUGGAGUAGGUGGAGGUGGAGGUGGAGGUGGUGGUGGAGGAGGAGGGGGUGUUGGGGGUGGUUCCGGACAGGGAGGAGGAUUUGGCGCAGGUGGUGGAAUAGGUGGUGGCCUUGGAGGAGGAGCAGGUGGAGGUGGCGGGGGAGGAGGAGGAGGUGGUGGAGGCAUUGGAGGAGGAUCUGGCCAAGGUGGUGGAUUUGGUGCAGGAGGUGGCAUAGGAGGUGGGGCCGGUGGAGGUGUUGGAGGUGGUGGAGGAUUCGGAGGAGGCGGUGGUGGAGGAGUAGGAGGUGGAUCAGGGCACGGUGGUGGUUUUGGUGCCGGGGGUGGCAUUGGAGGUGGAGCUGGAGGAGGUUUAGGUGGUGGAGCAGGCGGAGGUUUAGGAGGUGGCCAUGGUGGAGGAUUUGGUAUUGGCGUAGGGGUUGGGGUUGGCAUUGGCAUUGGUACUGGUAGUGGCAGUGCAGUUGGAGUGGGCACUGGUUCUGGUACCGGAGGCGGCGGUGGCCGAUAA